AUGUUGUCCUACUUUGGUAUCCAACAAACAAUGGUUGCCUCGAUUUCUACUCUCGUCGCUGCUGCACAGAAGUUGUUGUGUGUUGGUAGGAAACGUUUAUCUUCGUCGAAAUGUCUUAAUUUGACCGUUCAACUAAUGGCUGUGGAUCUGGGCGUCAAACAUGCUCUGCUGUACGACUGUAAUGCAGCAUCACCAGAGCAAGUCUAUCUAUUCCUUAAUUCACUACCGGAUCUUGGCAUUAUAACCAACGAACUUCGAAUGUUCUCCAUAGACGACAACAUCAUCAUUUUUAACCCUGCUACAAUGGAGUCCCACCUGGAUGAACUGCUUCAAAACAAAAGUCUCUUUCUUAUUGACGUAUCCCCCUCUAGAAAACAACAUGUCUUGACUGGUAUUGAGAAAAGAACCGAAGAUAUGAUCAGAUCUAUUUUAGGGUUAUUCAGGAAUGAAGUGGAUGAAAGCUCCUCAGUCAUUGUGGUGGAAGAAAAGGUGUAUAAUGAGUGGAACUUGUGCACUCUCUUUGGAAUCCUGUUGGGUUAUCCUGCCACUUACUGGUUUGACCAAACCAAAGGAUUUGGAAACUGCUUGUCUAUGACACCAUUGACACUGAGCACAGUUCAAGUCAAGUGGGAGAUAAAUGACAUCAAACAUUGCUGUUGUCUGUACUCAUUCAGUAUUCCUGAGGAACUGUGGGUGGAAUUAGAAAGUCGUAUGAAGUGGUGGAUUGAGUGUCUGAGAGAGCGAUUUAAAAAACAGACAGUUUUGACUGACCUUUGCUUUUCUAGGGAAACUGUCUCUUUACCUGCUGUGACACUUUAACCAGUUUUUUAACAUACAUAAAAUACAUAGUUAUAAUACAGUCCUAUAAUAAACAUUUUUGCUAAAUUGUCACCUAAUCAUUGCUUGUUUGUAUAAAGGAUGCUGACCGUCU